AUGGUCAAUGAGCACGUACCCGCCGAGCUAUUUGACAAUGCCGAUGAAACCGUCCGCUGUGCGUCGUGUCGCUUCUUCCGCGACUUUCCACCUACUUAUCUCGCCAUAGCGCUGUAUACGAGCACUGAGGGCGCUUUGAGUCGACUCGCUAUUCUCCGAGGGGAAGCUAUACCUCGCGCGCCAACGCAUCCACCCCCGCGGCCUCAUAUUGCCCAGGCUCCGGGCACGAACAACGCAGUCCCGCUCAAUGUAGCCCCGCUCAACGGCGCGCCCGGCCCCAUCGCGCCCGGUCCUGGCGAACACCUGCUUCAGGCGCAGAACGCUGGUGAAGCUGCGGGACAGAACGCACUCGCUGAACCCGUCGAGAACGAUGUCGGUGCCGCCGCCGCGCAGGAAGAGGGAGGGCCGUUUGGCGACUUCAUUCACUGGCUGGUCAUGAUCUUGAACGCGAUCGUCAUGUUCGUUCUAUGCCGUCGCCAACAGUGA